AUGGAUGCUAGCCCUGCGGCAGUCUCGUCGAAAGCAAGGGCCUCGACCUCGAAGUGGAUCGAUGAAUUCGCCUGCGCAGCUCUCUGUCAGUUGAUUCUGGAUGACAGGCGGAUCGGAAGCACCUCCGAUGUGGGUGCACCGUUACGACGGCGAAGAGCACUCCCACCCUUUUUAUACGUGGAGGCCAUCAGCCCCUUCCUGCGCUUCGAUGGCCUCUUGCCCAACAUGCUGUAUGCCUUUGGCGGGCGCAAUCAGGAGGACGGCCCUUUGAACACAGUCGAGAUCUUCAACACCUGGCAUGGCUGCUGGGUUCGUGGACCGCCAAUGCCCAAACGUCGUGCCGGUAGUGCAGCUGCCCUUCUUGAUGAUGGGCGCAUGAUGAUCAUCGGUGGGUACAAUGAACGUGGCAUCGCAGAGGGUCUUCUGGCCAGUUGCGACAUCUUCGACCCGCUGGCUGGCACCUGGAUAGAGGACGGAGCUGCGCCACUUGCUCGAGCGCGAUGGGGCCAUGGUUGUGCAUCGCUGCAGGGCAAGGUCUAUGUUGUCGGCGGAUGUUCGCUCCAGCUUGACGCACCCCUGCAGGAGUCCUUCAUGGAGACGCUGCGGCAGUGUGAGAUCUACCUUCCCAAGGAGAAUCG